AUGCUAACCCAUAGAACAGAGCUCAAUAUAGGCCAGCCGAGCACGACGGCGCUUGCCAACUCAGCAAGCGCUGAUGAACAUCCAGAUCCUGCAGCCUCAAUGCACGAAACGAGACCCACCCAUCCACAUGGAAAUCGUAGGCAAGUGGCUUGUCGGUUUUAUGUCACAAAAAAGGGUUGUCGAAGUGGUGAUGCCUGCCCCUACUUGCACGCAACUCCCUUCGGAGCCGAUACCUCGGUUGAAACUGGAAAUGUAUCUGCCACCACAAGCCAUGUGGUUGGGGGAUCACUCUAUGCAUCUCAAUCUAGAGGGGUUCCAAAGCCUGUUCCCAAGGCACAGAAGGAUUCACCUAGGAACUUCCAAAUUGGACAACUAACGCGGAGGUUUCAUCCUAAUGUGGAAGAAAUUGAUUCCGGGACAAAGAUUUCUUUUGGAAUGGCGCCCACAGACCCCGACUUUCCAUUCGACCUGACGAAAUUGAUGUGUUUAUUGCAUAUUCCUAAUGCAUGGCCUACGUCAGGAAAACCAACAUUGACGGUGACCAAUCCUGACAUGCCUAGAGGAUUCCAAAUCAAUGUCGAAAAAGGGUUUGACGAGCUUGUCGAUGCGGCCUUGAAAGAUCGGCGCUCAAUUACUUUGCUUGGUUUGAUGAACAAUCUUGACAGGAACUUGGAACGCUUUCUCACAGCUGAAAAGGCUCCGACGAUCAAGAUUGUGGCUAAUUCAGGCAAUCGUAGUACUUCUGUGCCACUAUCAGCUCCACCGGCCGAAACAAAUACAGAAAUUUCGUCAGCUCGACCCUCACAGUCGAUCGUAGCCGUACCUCAGGCAACAGUACAAUAUACUCCUGAAGAGCGAGCACAAGCCGAGAAGACAAGAACUUCAGAAACAAGGCAACUCGAAGCACGCCUCAAUCGACUGCCGCUGUAUAAAAGGGCAACGAAUGGCGUUUCGUACAUUUUACCAAUUACCCCUGGCAAGCGGGAGCAGCUUCCCUUUAAUCUAAGGGCGGUGAAGACCAUCAAGCUGCUGGUACCUACGCUUUAUCCGCUGAAAACUAGUUCGGUCGAGUUCCAAGCAGUGGAUGGUUCUGAAGCUCGUGCUGUAGAGAUUGGAUUUAAGAAAUGGGUGGAAAAGGGACCUCAUGUCACCUUGAUGGCUCAAGUCAACUACCUCGCGCAUAAUAUGCAAGUUCUUGUCAACACCCCAGUGUCAGGUAAUAUACCAGAUCGGGGAUCUCAGGAAGAAUACCGUAUUACUACCGACAACGAAUUGGCGGAUGAAGAACGCCAAGAGCAUGGCGUAGAGACUGUUGACACUGACCGACCACACCUCAAAGUCAUCCCUCGACCACCUGAGUGGUCUAAUCCUAGACCAGGAGCGAGGACCGAGUCUGACGAUGACUUCACAAGUGAGAGUAAUAGCGAAUCCUACGAGGACGUCUCCGAAGACGAUGAUGACGAAGAAGGCGGUGCAUUGGUCCCUGAAACAGUUGCACCCGCUAGUUCAAUGGCCCGCGGUAUAGCACUGAAUUUCCCUGGUCUCGAACUCUUCGGCAUCGAGUUGCUCGAGGCCAAAAUACUGUCUGUGACGGUGAGGUGCGAACGUUGCAAAGAACACACCGACAUUAAGAACAUUAAGCCUACGAAUGACCCUAGUGUUGUAUCGCCGGUCAGAGUUGAGUCGUGCAGGAAAUGCGCCAACUCAUUUAAUAUCGCGUUUCGCUGCGAACUCAUGCAUCCCACAUCCCAGCGUGCCGGAUACUUGGAUCUCGAAGGCUGUACGGCUUUUGAUCUGCUGCCAAGCAAUUUUCAACCGACCUGCUCCGAAUGCUCAACCCCAUUCCCUGCCCCCGGACUGGUCGCUGUACGUGGUACAAGCGUCGUGGCAAGCUGCCGAGAGUGCCAUCGGAAAAUGAAUUUCAAGAUACCUGAAGUAAAGUUCAUGAUGAUCGGGCCAUCUGCAUUGUCACAACAUCGAAUCGCGGCGCCUCGGAGAAAGGUCAAGGAAAAUUUAGGCAUUACCGCAGGCCAAGAAUUACCUCGACGGGGAAGAUGUGCUCAUUAUGGGAAGAGUUAUCGUUGGUUUCGAUUCAGUUGUUGCGCAAAGGUCUUUCCAUGUGACCGAUGUCACGACGCAGCCACAGACCAUCCUAACGAACAUGCUAACCGAAUGAUAUGUGGUUUCUGCUCCCGCGAACAAAUAUAUCGCCCAGAAGACUGUGGUAUCUGUCGACAUGUACUUGUUGGCAAAGCCGGCAGUGGGUUCUGGGAAGGUGGGAAGGGAACGCGGGAUAAAGUCAAGAUGAGUAGGAAGGAUCCAAGAAAGUACAAGAGGAGAUGAAAAAAAAGCUCUCUUUUUUCUCGCGAACUCAAAAAGUGUAUUAUACAUUCUUUCGCUGAUAAUUUCGG